AUGGCGUCCGCGCCUCAGGAGAGCGAGCGCGACCCUGCCAUGUGGCGGCUGUACUACUGGCCCAGCGUUAAGGGCCGAGGAGAGUACGUGCGGCUGUGCUUUGAGGAGGCCGCCGUGCCAUACCUAGACGUCGCGCGCGCCUUCGCCGCCCCCGCCCCCUCCUGGACUGACGAGGGCGCCAUCCGGAGCCACCCCGGCUUCAAGGCCGUCAUCGAAUUCUGCUUCGCCAACGCCGCCGACGACACGCACGCGCCGCUCCGCGCGCCGCCGGCGGUCGCGCGGGGCUGGUUUGCGAUGUGCAACACGCCGGCGAUCUGCUCGUACCUAAAUGAGGAGUUUGGGUGGGGGCAGGGGCUGACGCGGGAGCAGAAGGCGGGCGUGGAUCAGAUCCUGAGCGUCGUGUUGUCGGACGCAGUGGGGGAGGGGCGCCUCGCCUUCCACCCAAAGGACUUCUACGCAUCGCACAAGACGCAGGUGGACGCCUGCCCGCCCUACAUAGAGCAGUAUGGCGCAAAGCGGCUGCCAAAGUACUUCGAGUUUUUGGAGGCCGCGCUGCGCUGGAAUAACGAGCAGCGGCCCGGGGCGGAGGACAACGGGUUUUUGGUUGGGCCCGGCCUAACGGCGGCGGACCUGGUGGCAUGGCACUACCUCUGUGCGUGCGAGCAGCACUUCAAGAAGUGGUACGACGACGCCAUCGGGAACGCGCCCCGCCUGGCGGCCUUCAAGGCGGCCAUAGGGGCGCGGCCGCGGCUGGCUGCCUACCUCGCCUCUGAUCGUUGCCCCCCCUGGGACACAGACUCCCUCAUGUGA